UAUUUUAUUUUAUUUUUGUUUUCCUUUUCCACUUGAUUUUUAUUCCCCUCUUUGUUUCCCUUUUUGUUGUUUUCCUCAUUGUUCGCAGUGGAGCGCCACCAUCCUGCUCUGUCAGACAUGAGAGCUGCCUGCAGCGGAAUGAUACACAUAUCCUAGCACGCAUAUCUGAAGGUUGCUGGAAGAUAGAAUAUAUAUAUUUUUUUUCAUUUUCCCGCAGGACAGCUUAUCCGCAGAGCUUUGGAAAUAUUUUUUCCCCCUCUCUCCCUCUCUGCGCCGACCAUCUUUCCGUCGCUGCGCAGCAUCUCUCUCUCUGCAGCGCAGCUCAACCUGCUCCGUCCGUAAGAAAAAAGGCGUAUUUCCCCAUUCUUAAAAGCGUUCUCGCUUUCUCCCAGGACUCGUCCGCACGGCUGCGCUGCGUAAAGACCAACGGAGAAAGGGGGGGAAAUAAACGCAGGGAUUUAAGCGCAGACGCAGCUUAAGCAUCCAAGAGCGAGCUCGAAAAUGAUGGCCGGCGGAGCUGUGCAGCAGAACGGCAUUUUCUCAAACCCUCACCAUCACACUCAGCAGCCGCACAUGGAGUCCGACCCCCCGGAUUCGCGCAAAAGACCCCUGGAGACCCCGACUGAGGCCAGCAGCACCAAGCGCACGAACACGGGAGUGGCCUUCCUGCAGCCCCUAUUUGAAUCUGAAGGCAAUGUAUUCCCUCAACAAGAAACUGAGACUCAUGAGGAAGGCGAGUACUUCCUGAAGGUUCUGAUUCCCAGCUAUGCCGCUGGCUCAAUCAUCGGGAAGGGAGGCCAGACCAUCGUUCAGCUGCAGAAAGAGACCGGAGCCACCAUCAAACUGUCAAAAUCCAAAGACUUCUACCCUGGCACGACAGAGCGCGUGUGUCUGAUCCAGGGCACGGUGGAGGCGCUGAACGGCGUCCAUGACUUCAUCGCUGAGAAGGUGAGGGAAAUGCCUCAGAGCACCCAGAAGACAGAGCCGGUCAGCAUCCUGCAGCCUCAGACCACCGUCAACCCGGACCGCGUCAAACAGGCUAAGCUGAUUGUCCCCAACAGUACAGCCGGGCUCAUCAUCGGUAAAGGCGGAGCCACGGUCAAGGCGGUGAUGGAGCAGUCUGGGGCAUGGGUGCAGCUGUCCCAGAAACCUGAGGGGAUCAACCUGCAGGAGCGUGUGGUCACCAUCAGCGGCGAGCCAGAGCAGAACCGCAAAGCCGUGGAGAUCAUCAUCCAGAAGAUUCAGGAAGACCCACAGAGCUCCUCCUGCCUCAACAUCUCCUACUCCAACAUCACAGGGCCAGUGGCCAACUCUAACCCCACCGGCUCUCCCUACGCCAACUCCACUGAGGUGAUGCCGGCUGCGGCGGCCGCUGCAGCAGCCACGGCGUCCUCUCUGCUUGGCCAGGCGGGUUUGGCGGGGGUCGGAGCCUUCCCAACCACCAUGUCCAGCUUCUCAGGCAACGACUUGCUCGCCAUCACGUCCGCUCUCAACACCCUGGCCAGCUAUGGUUACAACACCAACUCUCUGGGCCUGGGGCUGAAUCCCGCCGCCGCUUCGGGGGUGUUAGCUGCGGUAGCAGCUAAUGCUAACCCGGCAGCAGCCGCCGCAGCUAAUUUGUUAGCGUCGUAUGCCAGCGACGCAUCUACCAGUGCAGCUCACUCUGCCGCCAGUCUUGGAGGCCUCUCUCUGGGGUCCCUGGCGGCUGCUACGGGGGCCACCAACGGCUACUUGAGUGCAGCAUCUCCACUGAUGGCGUCGUCUCUUUUGGCAACGGAGAAGCUAGCGGAGGGAGCAAAGGAAGUGGUUGAGAUCGCCGUCCCAGAAAACCUUGUCGGCGCCAUCUUGGGGAAAGGAGGGAAGACGCUAGUGGAGUACCAGGAGCUGACGGGUGCCCGGAUCCAGAUUUCCAAGAAAGGCGAGUUCAUCCCGGGAACCCGGAACAGGAAGGUGACCAUCACAGGAUCCCAGGCCGCCACGCAGGCCGCACAGUACCUGAUCAGCCAGCGGAUCACCUACGAGCAGGGGGUACGCGCCACCAACCCACAAAAGGUGGGCUAAAUCUGACAGCCGAUGAGAAAUGAGGAGGAAAAGAGGAAAAAAAAAAGGAAUGGGGGCCUGGGGGAGGAGAGUAAAAAAAAAGCGAAAGGGAAAAUGGAAAAGGAGAGGAGAGAAAGAAUAUUGGAAGGAAUCGUUUGCGCCGUUUUCUUCUGCGUGUUUUCAGUAUUCUAUAUUAAAAAAAAGGUUUUUUGACUCAAAGCAAAAAUGUGCUGAGAAGAUGAGGAGGGAGGGGAGUGAGUUAUUACGCUGAAAAACCAAGAAAAAAAAUGUGUAAAAUGUAAAUAAGGUUUUAUUACUUAACGUCUUGACCUUUUUGGGAAAUUUUUUGUUUUGUUUUGUUCUAUUGUUUUUGUUCUGUUCAGUAAAUUAAGCUGUCUGUUUGUGUAUUGUGUGGACAGAGCUGAAUGCCAUUUAGACAGGCAGACUGCCUGAGGGGCUACAGGGUGCAGGGGGGGUGGGGGGAGAGAUCAGGGUACGGUGAGGAGGAGGGUUGGUGUUUACAGGGUACAACCCUCCCACAUCCUGUACGGAUCCACACCGCACCCAUCCCUUCCCCUCCAGCCCACACGCCGUAUCCUCCGACAGGUUUUCGCCUUUUGUUCCAGGAAAUUUUUUCCCCCCCUACUCCAGCAGAUAUCCCCACCCCCACCCCCACCUUGCUUCUUCCCUCCCCCUUUUUUAACAGUGUGAAAAAGAGCAAGAUUGCAAAAGUUUAGCCAAGUGUGUGAGGAAAGAAACGUCCUCGACCCGCCUCCUUCCAGCUCCGCGUAUGAUUUCUCCUCCCUCCUGGGCGAAAACAGCCGAGGGAUGAGGUGGAUGUCGUGAGGUGCAGGGGGGCGGGGGGUCGUGAGGUGCAGGCAGAGGAGGGCGUUUCUUCCUUUGCACACGCUACCCACGCACACGCUACCCUACAACCUGCGCAGCCCUGCAGGAGUGUGGCGGCACGCUCCGCCCUCCACAUGUGGCGCCAGUGUUCUGGCACACGCUGAUGACGCGUAUGUGGUGCGACGCCUAAAGAUGCCAUGUCCGGCACACGCGCAGGCUCGCCCGCACCUCUGUAGUCUCCUAUAAUAAUAAUAAUAAUAAUAAUACUAAUGACGAUAUUGUCUUAUUACUGCAGGAAUCAUCAGCAUUGUCGCUAUUUAUUAAUGAUAUCGACCCCAUAAAGCGCAGUCUUCUUUUUUUUUUCUUUUUUCUUUUUUUUUUUAAUCUGUGAAUUCAGGUUGACAUGAAUGUAAAUGAGACUAUUUGUUUUGGUUUAAAUCUUUUGUUUUCUUGUAAGUGGACUGAAGAGGAAUAGUAAUGUCAAAUAGUGUAAUAUAUGUCUUAUUUAUGUCCAGUAAGAGAAGCAGCCCCAGGCAGUAAGAUCCUUAGAGUGAUAUAUCCAGUCAACGAGCAGAACAGGGAAUACACACACACACACACACACACACACACAUGAACACGCGGAAAGGAAACAUUUCAAUGCCGGAUUUGGUGCUACAAAAGGGAAUUCAUCAUAUCUUUUGCGCAGCCUAAAGGAGGAUUUCUAGUUUAGCAGGAAACUAUCUAAACCACUCACACCACAGACUGCAGUGCAGCUAUGUUAACCUUAAAUACCUGUUUCUGUUGCUCAGCUACUCCUUCUCAUGCUGCAAAAUAUCACCGCUGUCUGUAGCUGCGGAGAAAUGCCCUGUUGUCGUUUGCCUUCAGCGCAAACCUGCAGCUAAGAUGAAUAAUUUAGGCGAGCCGUCGAGCUGAGACUCGGUCUCGGCCGAACCGCUGCUUCUCGGCCUGCGGUCUUCCAAGCCCCUUUAGUUUAACCACCAAACCACAGACCAGAUCAAGCAAGAGCACUUAAGACUAACAGCAUACUACUGAGGAAACACGGCCGUUGAGUAGGACGAAAAACACUGAAACGGGACGAGGGAAUGUCAUUUGUCUGGGGUCCACGGCGAAGUCUGCAAAGCCUUGAGCGCAGAUUUGCUCUUUGACGGCAGCAUGCAUAUCAGUAAAGGAGAUAAAUAACCUCGCCGAAGCUCGCCCUUAUCAAGCAACCGUCCAACUGCCAGAAGGUAAAGGCCAGAUGACAGAUUUUCAACUCGCACCCAGGGAGCAGAGCUCCCGUCCGUUUACUGCCCACUGUAGACCCACAAGGCUGCUGAAGAUGCUGUUGUUUAUUGUCUUGAAUAUAUUUUGUUUGUGUUGUGUUUUUUUUUUUGUUUUUUUUUAAAGAAUCGGAGUACACUGAAUUAUUAUUAUUAUUAUAAUUAUUAUUUUGUCUUAAUGCACUGUGAAGCUAGAGAAGCAGUUUUCUCGGCCUACGAGGUCAGGGGAUGUGUGCUGCAGACGGCAUCAUGACUGGCAGGGAAAAACAAAACACAAAUCCACAUAUAUGAAAUAUAUGUAGAAUGCAUAUGAAGAACUUCAUGACAAAGCAUGUCAAAUCUGAACUCAUAAAGGAGCGGAAAGAGACUAGGUCGAUGAAGAGGAUCAAUCAGUCGAGGUUUAGGUCAGGUCGGCCUCCCUGCUCUCUCCGUGCGACGGCAGGGCAGGACGACGGGGAAGUGUUGGGCGUCCAGCAGCAGGUUAAGGAGGCUGGUUCAAAUUCUACGAAAAUAUACUUUCAGCUCAGUAUUUUAUAUUGAAUUUUUAUACGAUCCAAUAGGCGAAUCCCUGGAAGGAUAUUAGGUCCGAACAAGAGUUCAGACAGAAUGUAAAAAAGGCUAAAACUGAGGAGGGUGUGCUUUUGAUUUUCUUCUCCCUAAACAGCCAGACGAGGGAAGGGAAACUUUUGAUUGUUUAGUAAAAGAAAAAAAAGAAAGAAAAGAAAAACAACAAAAAGACCAACAAUCUGACGCCAAACGAAAUAUUGCGCCGUUCUCUGUUGGAGCGCCAGUGAGGGUUUAAAUCUCCACAACUUGGUAAGGAGGCUUCUUUACUCCCAUCUAACACCAUCCACACUCUCCUCACCCCUCCCACCCGUCCUCAGUUUUCCAGUGCACUCCCAUUCUGACACCCACUUCUCCUCCUAACACAUCGCUCCAUGGGUGACUAUGUCUGGUGUUCCGAUCGAUGCAUGUCUGCUGCUUGCCCCAGCAAAGGCCUCAGACCGAGCCGGUCCUCCCGAGGACCGCGGCGAUGGAAGAAGCGAGAGCUGGCAGGACGCAGUGCCAAGAAAACACUAGCAGUGUGCAGUUUAGAUCAGUGUAUUUUACUUUGUGACUGGAGCUAAGCAUUGCUAAUGAAGCUGGAAUCCCUUAUUGCACAAACACAUAUCAUGAGGUAGUAUUUUGACUUUGUCCGGGGUUUGACUGGAUCUCACGGUAAACGUUAAAAAAAAAAAGAAGCAACAGGAAGGUUUUGCGCUCCCACGCUGCAGUGAACACGUACUGUGCUGCAUCUGUUUUGUAAGCAAAAAAAUAAUGUCUUCUCUUAUUUCUCGAAGGAACAACAAUUUGUUUGAGUCGAGUCGUACCUUUUCACAGAUUCAUGAUUUGAAAUUUGUCAAUUUAAGAAUAUCUGUGUAAGCUGAACGUGCAAUAUGCACAAAGCACGCAUGCAGCACAGCACUGUUUCCUCUCAGAGGGAGAAGAGCUUAAACAUUUACUGUGUAGACUAACGAUGGAAGGAUUUCUAUUUCAUCUCAUCGAUCAAACCUUAAAAUAUUCUUUUAGUUAUCUCAACGCUAGGAGGCUGAAAUAAAAAUGUGACAAGUACUGGAAGCAAUACUCGUGUCGGCAUAUCGUGUUGUCCCGUCUCUUAUCCUCUGUCUGCCGCAUAGGAGCUUUUGGAUUUAACCGUAGAUGUUGGAUAGGUUUACAAAAGUACAUCUUUUUUUUUUUCCUCCUUUUUGUUUUUUAAAUUUGUGGAAAUGCUGCUAUUUAAUUAUAACUGAUGUACUGAGACGACAAGUUUAAAACAUAUCGGAAACCUGUCCUUUUUAGCUGGAGCAGCUAGUUUUUAAGGGACAGCGUAAAAAUAUCGCUCUGUUAGAUGCUGACAAUAAGUUAAUUUUGUGCCAAAAUAUUUCUUGAAGGAGCUAAAAACGCUAAACGUGUUAAUUCAGAACAACAUUAGGUAAGAAGAGACCUCCUUUUAUAUGAAGAAAAUGUGAAAAGUGCCAAAUGAACCAUAUUUCUAGUAAGGGUGAAGUUCCCGUAUUUGUUUUUAAGAACUAGCUAGAAUACAAGACGAAGCACCUCAGUAUAACUUUGUGUUAAAGUCCUCUUUUGUCCUUCCUGCUGUAGAAGGGACUGCCAUGUUAGUGUUAGCCGAACCUCUGGGAGAUCCACCUCCCAGAAUGCAACAGCACUACAACUCUGGGGCUAGAACGAUCAACAUAGCGCUAGGCUAGCAUUGUCAUGCUAAAGAAAAUGUGACUAAGAUAGCAUUCUUAAAUACAAACUUUUUAUAGUUACGACAAAAAAAAUAAAAUAAAAUGUAUUUUGUGGAAAUAGAUGUUAUCUUUUUUGCACGUCUAUAUUGCAUGAUAUCAAAGUGAAGCGUGGACAAAAAAAAAAGGAAAAAAAAUCUAAGAAACAAAAACAAGCAAAUAAAAAAAUAGGCAGUGUGUGUCGUUGAUUUUCUGAAACAAAUCUCUGCAUGUCGACAAGGGUAGAGCAUUUUGAUAUUGUUUUCCAUGCGUUCAGACUGUUGUUGUUAUGCCAUGCAGUUGUGUUAAAGCUGCCAAACAUGCGCGCUACAUGUUUGAUUUUAUUGUUACAAAACAAGUUUUUUCAGAGUUUAAACUGACUAAACCUUCCUAAGAGGGACACGAACAAAGCUCUUGAACAAAUCUAAGACUUUCUUUAGUUAUAUCUUGAGCGAGCUUGGAAUAAAAAAAAAAUAAAAAUGUAAGUGCAAAAUCUAUAUAUCCAUUAGGAUUUAGUUUCAAAUCUAGACAGAGAUUGUCCACGAAUGUUCUCAUCACUUCAUAAGUUUCACUUUUCUGACAACUGUUGUUGCUGCAGGAGCUUCCAUGUGUUUCUGUGUGGCUUUGUAUUCUAACAUUACUAACCUGUGGACACUCUCUGUCGCGUGUCCUCUUAUACCCCCCACACUCGAUCUCCGGCUUGUCCUGGCAUUGAUGCAACUGCUAAAACAGUUCAGGAGGGAUCCAGGAACAGUGCGUGAGGAGGAGGAGGUAAAACUCCCCUGCGCCACGUUUGCUGGUCCUCCCUGGGAGCCUGGGCGCAGAACUGGGGACGGUUCGUGUUUUUCACUGGGGAUGCACCGAUCUGCUGAUUGGAACCGGACGAUUUUCACACUAUCAGUCUGUUUUCUCCCCCCACUGAAUCCUAUCCGAGGUUAGGAGAUAGGCACUGAAUGACCCUCAUACAGUAUAAUACCAUGAGUUAUUAUACUACAGUAACAGUAGUUGUUUACUGUUAUUUUCACACCUAGACAUAGGCAAUAAUAUAUUGCUAAUUGCACAGAACAUUAUAUUGUAUUACACUUCUCCUGUUUAUAGAGUAAUACGAGAGUAACAAGCUGAUCACAGCUGGUUCAUCGGUGGAAAUAUUUUUAUUAUUGUACUUUCAGCCAUCUGAGCGGCAGUCCGCAGCAACAGGCGGAUGAGGGGAAGCGCUAGAUUACUCUAUGCUGCACCAAGCAGUAGGAAACUCCAGCCACUGUGGCGUCUAACUAGAAGAGCCUUAAACUUUGGUAACGUUAUGGUGGGAAAGCGUUGCCGUUUUGAACCUUUUGUAAAUCUUAGUAAACGGAUUUAUCUUUGAUCAGUCGAUGCCUUCCAAGGACUUGUUCUUUGAUGGCUCAGUAGGGAUCUUCUUGUAAUCCCUUCAACCUCGGUCAAGAAACCUGGAGCACAUUUACUCCAGCUGUUGCAGAUGUUUGCCACAUUUAAUCCCAGAAGCAAAGCUAAGCUAACACGAAUGAGUUUGUAGCUGUUUAGUCCUUAGAGGAAAACCAGAAAUCGGUAUCGGCCAGAGAAAGCCCGAUCGGUGCAUCUCUAGUCUAGGCUCCCUUAAGAUCCAGUCCAAGGCUCAGGUUCCACAGAGAGAAACAAGCCUGGACGGUUCCAGUGGGGAUUUUUUUUAAAUCCCAACACAUCCUCUAUUUGCUUUAUUGGCUUCAGCAUGAACGUUGUAAGGAUUUAAUUUUGUAACCACAGACUCUGUCAUUUAUCUUUUUCUCAUGUUAGACAGCGCUUUCAUUGGUGUCAGGUAUUGGAUCCUGACCCAAACAUUCCCAUUCUUGCUCCGAGUUCUAUGUUUGCACUAAACUCUCUGCUGACACUGUGCAUGGCAGGCCAAGCUGAGGCGGGGGGGGGUUUGCUGUGUAAGACUACUGUAGAUGUUUUUAGCAUCGAUGUGUGUUUAGAUGUGCAUGCUCCUUCUGUCCUUCUCUCUGGGUCUGUCCGCUAUAGGUCAGCUCUGUGCUCAUGGUGUCUCUGUUGAUAGCUGAUAAGUCAUACAGUUGUUGUUUUUUUUCCAUGGUUUUAAUUUAACUGUGAUGUGUAGAGAAAAUGCUACUUUAACCCCCCCUUACCUGCUCGAGAGGUGAGCUCAUAGCUUCUUCUGAUUUGUUUUUUCGGCCCCUCCGCUCCACCUACCUCUAGAAACCCGCUCACAGCCACGCCGCCCCCCUUCAAACAACAUCCACAGUGUAUAGAAAGGACUUCACCCCCCCCCACCCCCCCACCCCCCCACCCCAACCCCCUUCCUCUUCACCCAAAACUUGGUCCCCAUUGAAACACCAGCAACUGUAGACUGCAUUUGUCACAUCACUGUUCUUCUGUUUCUUCUUCUCGCUCUUUUUUUUUUUUAAUUUACUUACCUCCCUGGUUUUGAUUUGUAUUGUAUGCUCUAACCCGAACCUGUUUUAACGAAAUGCCAUUUAUGUGUGUAGCCUGUUUACCCUUUUUUCACAAACACACAAACACACACACACUCCAUGCCCUCUUUAUGUGCACUUUCACUGCCCACUCUUCCUCCUCCUCCUCCUCCUCCUCGCCCAAACAUACACUCGCAGCACACACUUUCCUCCUCCGCCUCCCACGAGUCUCUUCUCUCGAGUGCCAAAAUAGAACAGAGAGGAAAACAAAAAUGACAGCAGCGACUACUACUACUACUACUACUACCAUUCCAAGCGUUUCUUUGAGUUGUUCUUGUGUCUUGGACAUCCAUCCUGGAAGCACCCAUGAAGCCAGCAUGCUCCGCCCUCAUAACAUGAUGUCGCUCAUGACGUCUCGACUGAACAGCACCUUUUGCCCCCCCCCCUCUACCACCACCACCACCUUCUCCUCCUCCUUCCCACUCCUCCUCCUCCCCCCACCCCCCACACCCACAAGGAUUAACCCCUCCGCAGGUUGGCUACCUACCUACUGUCCUGCCUCUCAACCUAAAAAAAAAAAACCAACAGCCCUACCGCUCAUGCCAGCUGCUUUCCUAACUCUGUCAUUUCUUCAGCCUGUUGGACUCCAUUGAUUGUGUGCCAUGGUGUCGGGGGCACCUUCCACUCGCCUCACCUCCCUCCUCUCUCUGUAUCUGCCCCCCCCCUCCCCCACACCUCUUUUCUAUUACUUUCUCUGUAAUCCCUCUCCUCUCGCUCUCGCUCCAUUUGAUUUUUCUCAGUGGGAAAGAUUCAAAAACUCCAUUUUCUAAUGAUGAUUUUUUUUUUUAUCUAUUUUUUUGUUUCUGUUUGUCGUUUAACAUCCAAAACCACGCACGCCGACACAUGCACCGCCCUCCGUGCAGUGGUGUGUGUGGGGAGUGUUUACGCACCGUCAGCUGAGCAGCCAUCCUCUGUCCUCUCGAACUUUUUGAACUUUUCACCCCCUCAUGAACUUUAUUGACCUUCCUCCUCCUCCUCCUCCUCCUCCUCCUACCCCACUUCUGUGUUCAUCCAACUGUUUGGACGAUAACUCUCCAUUCCAUCCCCAAAACCUCUCUGAGACUGUGCAAUUGCUAGCUGAUAUGAUUGGAUUUGUUUUUUUUCUUUCUUUUUUGUUUGUUUGUUUGUUGCUCAUCAUUGGGGGACAUUUCUCUGAGAUACAAGUCAAAAAGGAACAAAAAAAAAAAAAGAACAAAAAAAUAUCACGAAAGUAAGAAAAAGAUCCCAAAAAAAAAAAAAGGAAACGCAGACAAACAAGAAAAAAGAUUAAAACACUAAGAAACUGUUUCUCCACGAUUUCAUUUUUUUUUCUCUCUCUCUCUCUCUCAUUGUAAAUAUUUUUUUGUCAGAGUUUUGCCAAGCUGUAAAGAGAGAAGUGUUAAUAAGCAGAAAGGGGCCGGCAGCAUAAAGAGAGAAACUCGUGGAGGCCGCCAUGCCACUCCUGAACCCCGUAGCUAGGUGUGCCUGUAUAAUCGCCUCUGGUAGUUCUACUGUGUUGCCCUGUGCUGUUGUCGUUAGUGUUGAUUUUCCUCCUGUGUGCGCUCUUAGCUUUCCUGUCGGCUCGUCAGAAAGCAGUUACUAACCCACGAGUACUAGUCCAAGCCGCUCUCGACGUAGGCUUUCUUCACGUGCAUUUGUUGAUGUUCUCUCUAACAGUGAGUUGUAGUGGCGUUAGUAUGUUUUAUUAUCAAGCCGUAGUUAUAUAGUGUUAGAGACAUAUCAUCGUUCAAAUACGCACUCGGCUCCUCUCUGUGUUGGGAAAAAGAAUCCUCUGGAACUGAAUGUCAUUUUUUAUUUUUUUUAUUUUUUAAAAGAAGCAUAUCAGUUCCCCUCUUGCAAUACAGCCGUAGUUUACGUCCAAGAGAUCGUCUGCGGGCGCCGCUCAACCACCUGGUCGCCUGCAGAACCAAACUCGGAUCACACCUCCAUGUUUCGCCUCUGCAUCGAGACAUUUUGGGAAAAAAAAAAAAUAACCGAGUGAGUUUCAACUCCACCAUUUCAUCGCAUUGCUCUCAGCUCCACUCUUGAUUUAUGCUGCCUGCCCCAUCGCCCUGAGAACACCACAUGAGCUAUUUAUUUCUCAGACUAUUAUUGAUAUACUAUUAAUAAAUAACGCCGCAACAAGAAAAGGGAAUGACUGGAAAAAAAAAAGGUGAAUUAAUACUAUUGUUUUGUUUUUAUUUUUUAGUAUCUUAGUGGUUGCUUUUAACAACAUUCAUUAACUGACUUAAAGAUUAUUGAAUAUUUAAUGUAAUUGUAGCAUUGUGUUUGUAAAGCGAAAAAAAAAAAAACUAGUGAGUUGUGUUUCUUGACUUGUGGAUUACCAGUGAAGUGGGCAAUCUAGUGCUAAUAUAUAUAUGAGGUCUUUUUUUUAAGGAUUCUUAUUUUGCGACAGCAACAGCAGUCAUUAUAAAUGUUCAUUUUAGCAUCACCUGUCUUCCGUUGUCUUAUUCUUCACCUUCCACCACACUCUGCAUCAUCACAGUAACACAUCGCAAGUCCGGGGUGGGAGCGAAUGCAAGUUCGUGUGAGGGAUGCGUGUUGCUGAGCGGUGUGGGAAAUGCGUGCAUGUGUUGCUCUGCUAACUUGCCUUUGGACGCAUGUCUGCGGUGGUGUGUCUGCACGCGUGCGUGGGCGUGUGUGUGCGUGUGUGUGUGCGUGUGUGUGUUAGCUCUGUGAGGGUGGGGUUUGGGGUGGGUGUUUCUGUCCAGUGUCCACCAAAAGCUAAAACCUGUCAGGCUUCCAUGCUCCCUGAUGGAACCUCCUGACGUUAUAGCUGCAAACCCUCAUCAUGUGAUCUGACUCAACUCGACUGUCCAUAACCCCUUCAGUCACCUGACCAACCAAAUCAACCAAUCACUGUCCACCACUACCGCCUACCCCUGCGCCAUCCUUUGCUGCACACCACCGUCAGCCCCAUGUGAUGUUCUCCAUCGAUAACAUACUACUGUCACAAUCUACUGUUACAUACUGACAGGUCUGGGGAUAAAAGCUUGUGGAGAGUGUUUUCAACCUGUAGAUUCCCAAAGGGUUUCAACCCAAAACAAAGGCCGCCAUAAUUCCAGACAAGUGCGCCUCAGGCAGUUUGAUUCUCAAGAGGUUCAACUAAACGAAGUGUUUGGCAGUUUUAACAUAUCUGUCUCUUGGAUUUCUGCCUCCAAAGCCGUGGAGGUGAAUGAGAGUCAGUCUGUGGCGAUGCUCCCAGCCUUAAGACCUAAAAUCCUCCAUAGGAACCUUCCAGUAAAGGAGAACGUGUCCUUGUUGCUCUGGGGAAACCACAUGCAUCUCUGGGAACAGUUUUACUGGGACUAUAUAUAUUUUUUCUGACGAAAGCAGACGUAGUUGUUGUGCAACAAAAAUAAAUUUGUAUCGUCCAGCGGCUGGGGACAGAAAUUUGCGUGGCAGAUGUGUAAAAAAAAUCUCAAUGUGUCAGAAUAGCAUUUAGGUAAGCUUGAACCUCUAAUCUCCAUGAGGUGCACUUCUUUUCCUUUUACACCAUUUCACUCAUUUAAAAUCAUCAACGUUUUAAUUUUUCAACUCAAGAUUAUUCUUUUUGGCCAGAGCUGCAUACUGCAUCCUAUUGUUCAUACCGUACGUGCUGCAUACUACCUUUACCAGGUCAGAAUCCACCUUAACCUGUUUCCAUGCCAACAACAGAGGAGCCAGUUGCCAUGCAACUGGCUUCCACCACAACAAACCGACCCACCGACCAGUCAUAUUGCCCAACUGACGAAGCCACGCCCACCUGCAUAUGAUUUGCUCUUAGAGGGGGAAAAAAAAAAGAGAGGAUAGGAAGGUAGGGAGGAGAGAUGAAGGAAACGUAGUUGUGAUUCUCAGGGUGUCUUACGCAGAUUGACUGUUUAGUCUGUUCUCCAGUCUCUCACUGGUGUCUUGUUGCCCCCAAACUGAGCCCAAAGACGAUCGUGACCUCCUAUGAGAAAAUCAUUUGUAUUCCCCGAUUGACCACUGACCAAUUCUUCUCGAUCAGCUGAUUGAUAGCAUCGAUUGACCAAUUCUCUCUGAGAUGGUACGCGGCCCGCUGAACGAAGCUCGGCACUGUAACUUAUGUUUACAACCCAAAUGAGACCAACAACGCUGUUGACAGAAUGUGUAGGACUUUAAAAAAAAAAAAAAGAAGAAGAAGAGAGAGAGACAAAUCUCUGAAGAGUACUUAUUUCUAAAUAAUGGAACUUUUCGCUUACUUUCUAUGUGACAUGAGGUAAUGUAAUUUUUUUCAAUCAUUGCAUGUGACUAUUUUAUUUGCAAUGAAACUGUUAGAAUGGAUGGUACAUUUGUGACGUCAGCGCAACAUUAAGAUGCCUGACGCUAGAAAUCAGUCGGUGUCUAAAUUUCCAUGUCGCCCGUGGGGAGUGCUUUUGGACCAAUGAAUGCUAAAUGUGUGACCAUACAAAGCUGUAAAGGUUUUGUUUAUUUGUACAUGGUUAUGGGUAAAAUAAAUCAUUGAAGCAAAGUAA